AUGGGCUGGCGGGAGGCGGGCGCGUUAGAAACAAUGUCUCGCCCAAACGGCCGGCUCGCUUUCUGUUUUCCCUUUCGUCUGCUUUUGUUUCCCUUCCCUCCGUUCAUUUUGCGGGGAAAUCGCUUUCUUUUUCUCCUUCUCUCUCUGCUUCUCCUUUUUUUAUCAUCGCAUCCCUCUCGGUGGCCUUGCGCACGCUAA